GGCGAAAGCGCCGCUCACGCGUCACGGAAAUCCCACCCGCAAACAAACGGUUGUGUUUCUCACCAACAAGUCUCCUCCCCUUCCCCUUGGCGGUAGCCCCCUUUCCAAUCUACCUCACCAACGCGGAGAGGAAGAAGCAUCUUCUUCUAAUACUUCUAUAGCCAGCCCCGCCGGCCCCCCGACGGAGCCGAUUCGAUUCGAUCCCCUUCGAAUCUAGCCGUGGUGCUGCGGCGCGCGGGGACACGGAGGGCCGGCGAAGAUGCACAGGAGCAAGGGGAAGCUGUCGGGCGUCCUGAGCAAGGGCUUCAAGCCCGACAAGUGCAAGAUUGCCCUCAAGAUGGCCAUGGCGCGGAUCAAGCUGCUGCGGAACAAGAAGGAGGUGCAGGUGCGCCAGAUGCGCCGCGAGGUCGCGCAGCUGCUCGACGGAAACCAGGACCAGACCGCGCGCAUCAGGGUUGAACAUGUCAUAAGGGAAGAGAAGUUCAUGCAAGCAUAUGACCUGAUCGAAGUGUACUGCGAACUUAUAGUGGCACGCAUGUCCAUUAUUGAUUCACAGAAGACUUGCCCUAUUGAUCUGAAGGAGGCAGUAGCGAGUGUUAUAUUUGCAUCAAUGAGAUGUUCAGAUGUCACAGAACUAGCAGAUGUUCGGAAGAAUUUCACAAGCAAGUACGGGAAAGAGUUUGCCGCAUCAGCUCUUGAAGUGCGGCCUGACAGCGGCGUAAACCGUCUGGUAAUCGAGAAGCUCUCAGCAGGAGCACCGGAUGUACAGACUAAAACCAAAACCUUGAGCUCAAUCGCGGCAGAGCACAACAUAAAAUGGGAACCAAAAGCAUUUGAGGAGCAGAAGCAAAAUGAGGAUCGGAUGUAUGGAUCAACAUAUUCUGGAGGAAACGUUCCAACUCCGGGAUCAUCAGCUUCUAGUGUGCCAACUCCUCAACCUGCAGCAGCUCCCUAUUCAUCUGUUCAAUCAGCCACUUCUCGUGUGCCUGCAGGACCUUCUUAUGAAUCUUCUGAAGCUCCAGCAAAUAGAAACCCACAUGGCACUGCCAACUCUAAUGCUUCCACACAGGAAAAUAGAAGGGAGUCAGAUGCUUCAGUGCCUCCUACCUCCCAACAUGGUGCAACUACUUCCUCAGCCGAUAUUCCUGGAUCUAACAGCUUUUCUCAUGUAAAUACUGGGAGUUCAAGUGUUUCUAGACCUUACUCUCAAUUUGGCACAACAGUUCCAGACCCAGUAUCCAGGACUGAGGAGAUCAACCGUCCCAGGGAAAGGAAGUCUUCAGCUAGUGGUUCCAAUUGGAAUGUGGAAUUCAAGGAUGCAGCAUCUGCAGCACAGGCAGCCGCAGAUUCUGCAGAGAUGGCAAGCAUUGCUGCCAGAGCUGCUUGCCAACUUGCUAGCCGUGGAAACUUCUAUGCAGAGCAAGAUACCGGUGCUUAUGAAUCAGCUACUUAUACAAAUGAUACAACACCCAGGAAGCAACAAGCUGAACGUUUGAUGAAGAAUGAUAAGAGUUUUAAUGAGCAGAGUUCAGGUGUUAAUGAUCCGACGAUGAUCUCAAGCAAUACAAGAAAAGAUGAAGAAAGAGCAGAAACAAACCGUGUGAGUAGCCAGAAUAUGUCAACUCCUUACUCAUCUCAGUUCCACUCUUAUGCUCCUGAAAAUCAUACUGAUAUGUAUGACAUGCCAACCGAACCACAUCGUGCUCAUUCAUCUGGGCCUCCAUAUUUUGAUGAUUCAUCUGAGGCUCCAUAUUUUGAUGAUCCGUCUGAGAAAGAAAGCAAUAUCGGAAGACCUGAAGAUCAUCCGUUUGAUUUGCAUGAGGAAAGGUUGCCAGAUGCUGGAUUUGAUGGGCACCGCACCAAGGAUAUAGGAAGCAGGCAAGGUAGCUUUGAUCAAGAGAGCAGGAAUGACCACUAUAAUAAUUUUGGUGCUUCCCACGGUGGCAGCAGUACGACUUGGGACAACCAGAAUGAUAAAGCUGGAGCUGAUUCUUCAGCUGUUAUUUUCGAUCACUAUGACUAUGAUGUUCAAGAAGAGAACUUGUUUGAUCGUUUCUCUUCAAAACAUACUGAAGAGUUACCAGCUAUCCAAGACCACAAGGGAUUCUCAAGUGCAGAUUGGAGUCAGCAGCAUAGAAGUGAAUCUCCAGUUGAUCGUAGCACUUCAACUCUCUUCUCAAGAACAGAAACACAGCCGCCUUAUGAUUUAGGAGCAAACAAAGAGGAUAUUCCCUUGAAUGAUACCAAACCACCUACUUUUGAUUCAGAUGGUGUUAGUUCUGACGAGGAAACAAGUACAGACAUGCAGAUAUUGUCUUUAAGGACCAAUUCAAGAGGAUCUGAUUACUCUGAGAACAGAAUGUUCAAUAAGAAUUCUGGAAAAUUUGUCCCUGAUGUUAAUGAUAGUAUUGAAGACCAUGAAUCUAGGCCCAGGAAGCAAUACCAGAAUCCACCAGGUUCUGAUGUAUUCCGCAAGGAGCAAAACAGUGACGGUUCACCUAAAUAUGACUAUUCAGGGGCACAGGGGAACUUGGGUCGUGUGGAAAGUAGAGAUUAUGAUCUUUCAGAAGAAGAAACAGAAGCACAUAAAUUGAAAGGCACGUCCUCAGGGAUAACAGGAGCUAAUGAGAAUCGGCCCUCGCCUUUUCGCAUGCAAACUUCAGCGCCAUCUGAUGACAGUGAUGAUGGUGAUCUCGGCCUGAAUUAUGGAAGGUUAACUCCUGGACUAAGAAACAAACUCAGGCAACAUCCACAAUACAAAAUUCCUGGGGAUAGCUUGCCAUGUAAACAGUCCUUAGAAGGAGCUCCUGCCAGCAUUGAAGAAUCAGUGCAUUUCAAAGAGAAUGGCACAUCAUCUGAACAGACUGGUGAUACUCAUAAAGGUUCACGCACAGCCAAGAAUUCUUUUGGUGCAAAUUACCAGAGUGAACAUCUUGAUGGGAGACAUACUGUUGGCAAACCUGUGGAAUCAAGAUCACCCAUGACGAGGAAUGACUUCUAUUCAGGUGAAUCAAGAUCAUCGUUGACGAGGAAUGACUUCUAUUCAGGUGAAUCAAGAUCAUCCUUGACGAGGAAUGACUUCUAUUCAGGUGAUACAGGGAAGUUAUCUGAACGAUCUGGUAGUUCUCCAAUACGUAGCCCAACCAAGACUUCUGUUAAGGAAAAUUCUAUUCAAGAGCCACAUCAUGAAAGACCGGGUAGUGGGGUGCGCAGGGAAAGUAGAUCAAGAACUGCCAGAACUUUCUUUGAUUCAGAUGAGAGCGAAGAGGAAUUAGAACGACGACAGUCUGGCCAGACAAAGUUGUCUAAAGAGCAGAUACGAUCACGCAGGACCCCCCGGGAGGUAGCACCCGAUACAAAGCGAGAUGGCAGAGCCCGGACUGGAGCACAGUUUGCUGUUGAAACUGAAAGCCCAAAAAGCCCUGCUAAAGCAUUCUCCAGCUCAAGUACUGAAGAAAGAAAAGUGGCACCUGUGUACUCCAGGGUUUCAGUACAGCAAUCUUCGCCAAAUCCUGUGCGCAUUGAACCUCCCAUGGCUAGAGGCAAGUGGCAAGAAGAUGAGCCGGAGGGAAGUUCUUCUCCAGAAAACGAGGCAAACACACAGACCUCAGCAGAUACACUGAAAGUAAGCACCCCAACAUCUGGUCCUGCCCACGUUCACCCCAAGCUUCCAACAGACUAUGAUUCUUUUGCUGCACAUUUUAAGUCGCUCCGAACCAAUCGCCGUUAGGGUUACACAUACACACACAGUUUGAGAAGCUUUUAUUGGGAUGUCAGAUGUGUACAGUAUAGAAACACAAUGGCUGGAGAGACUUAUUGUGCCCUGGUAUUUUUGUAAGGACACCAUUCUUUCAUUCUCUUUUGGUCUCAGAUAUACAGCGUCUUUGAUAGGUGAUGUUUUCCUUGUAGUGUUGUAAUAAGCACAUUAUGCGCACAGAUGUACAGAACUUCGGGGUUUCGUUCAAUUUGUUUGUUUGACUCCA